AUGGCUAACACAAAGCAGAAAAAAACAGACCGAAAAAAACGGACCGAUACGGCUGUUUUACGACCAGAGCAUCGACGCCUAAGGCCGCAGGCCUCACAGACCAAGACCAAGAUGGCGACGGCGGGACCACUGCAGUCUUCCCCUGGGCCACAAAACCUACCGGUCACGCAGGAUUUCCUACAAAACUGCCUGGAGGAUAUGUCCAGCAAAAUCCUGGUAUCCAUACCGAGCACUCUGAGGGAACUCCGCAGAGACGUGCAGGAGCUGGGAGACAGGACGGCACAUGUGGAACAAAAGAUGGAAGAUCAAGCCGCUGCACAUAAUGACAUGACUGAACAAGUGCGACAUAUGCAGCAACAAUUGGAAUACACACAGCGCAAGGUCAUGGACCUGGAGGACCACUCUAGACGUCAAAACUUGCGGCUCCGGGGCAUCUCAGAAGAUGUGAAGCAGCAAGACCUCCAUGCAUUCCUGGUAGGUUACUUUAAAGAAUUGGCGCCAGACCUACCCGCAGAGGUACUGCUGCUAGACAGGUACCACCGAGUGCAAAAGCCAACGUUUCUACCACAAGACACCCCCAGAGAUGUGCUCACACACUUGCACUACUUUCACGUGAAAGAGGCACUACUCCAAGCCACGAGAGGGGCACGCGACCUGCCGCAGAAAUACAGACACAUCAAAAUCUUCACAGACCUGUCGGCAGCCACGCUGCAAAAAAGAAAAGAAUUUAAAGACAUCACAGAAGCAAUGCGCCAGAAUAAUGCACAGUAUAGAUGGGGCUACCCGAUCCGUCUACUGAUAAGGAGAAAUGGUACGGUGACAACAGCCAACACACCUGAAGAGGGGCGGUAACUCCUCCGCACCUGGAACAUCCCAAUAAACCCAGAGGGGAAGAACACGGCCGCACAAACCAGACUGUCACCAGAAUGGAAAAGAACCAAAAAAUGAACUGACAAGACACUAUAAAGACUGUGAUGCAGAACCAAACGCAGUCCCAGCCGCAGAUGGGCAGUAA